AUGGGGCUCGGAAAGACGCUCACAGCGAUCAGUUUGAUCUUCACAUCGCUCACGCAAUCGCCCUGGUCGAAGCCGCUGAUUUCGAGCGCGGUGGUGACGUGUCCUUCGUCGCUGGUGGACAACUGGGGCGCCGAGUUUAUUAGAAAGUGGAUUGGACGCGAUCGGAUUCGGUGCAUCGUGCUGAAGGAAAAGGGGUCGAAGGCGGAAGAGAAAAUCCGCGAUUUCGUGAUGCAGUCGGGAUUGAAUCGCGUGGUGCUGGUGGUUUCCUAUGAGGUUCGAUUGCUUUUUUCUCCCUCAUUCAAGAUGUAUCGCAAAUACGCCGAUGCCAUCAACGGAAGCAAAGCCGGGCUCCUCGUCUGCGACGAAGGCCACCGCCUCAAAAGCUCCACCGGCAACGCCACCAUCGACAGUCUCCUCCAAUUCCCCUCGCGUCGCCGCGUGCUUCUCUCCGGAACGCCCAUCCAGAACGAUUUGGAAGUCGGUGUGGACCGUCCUCCUAACCAGCAGGAGCUUUUCGCGCUGUCGGAGUUUGUCAAUCCCGGCGUGUUUUCCUCGCUCGCCUCCUUCCGCCAGCUCUUCGUGAGGCCCAUCGAAGCGGGGCGGCGCAAAGGCUGCAGCGACGCAGAUCGCGACUUAGCAGCGAUGCGAUCUGCUGAACUCUCUCGCAUCACCGACCAGUUUAUUCUGCGUCGAACCACGGCGUCGAUUCUCCGCGCUUCGCUGCCGCCCAAAAUCACGCAUUAUUUAUUCACUCCGCUGGCAUCCAAGCAGCGCCAGCUCUACGAAAAGCUCAUCGAACUGCAGCGAGGAUCGCUUGCAGAGCACGGCGGCGAUGCAGGCCAGCUAACUCUCACCUUCCUCCACGCUCUGCGUCUUCUCUGCGUCCAUCCAUCGCUGAUUCGAGAGUCGGUUCAAUCCACAUCGGCGCUGUCGUCGCUUCUCCCCAUUCUGGACGCCGACGAUCAAAACCAACGCGAUUUCACAUCGCAGAGCGUCAAAAUGGAAGCCGUCGAGCUGCUGCUCGCCUCCAUUCUCUCCCACACCGACGAGCAAAUCCUCGUGAUUUCCUCCUACACGCAAAUCCUCGACUAUCUCGGCUCCUUCUGCGAUUCCAAAAAGUGGGGCUAUUUCCGACUCGACGGCCAAACGGACGUCGCGCAGCGGCAAUCCCUCGUGAACUCCUUCAACCACCGCUACACGUCGAAGCGUCUCUUCAUCCUCUCGGCUCGCGCGGGCGGCGUGGGGCUCAACAUCACGGGAGCGUCGCGUGUGGUGAUGCUGGAGCCCGCGUGGAACCCCGCGAUCGAUCUGCAGUCCAUCGCGCGCGCGUGGCGGUUCGGACAGACGCGGAGGGUGUUCGUGUAUCGCCUGUUCGUGGCGGGGUCGAUCGAGGAAGUGAUGCUGCAGCGCCAGCUGCUGAAGAAGGCGAUCGCGGACGUGGCGGUGGAUCACACGGCGAUGGGCGAAGGGAAGCUGGACAGAGAGGAGAUGAGGGAGGUGUUCCGGUUGAAGGAAGUGCCGUGCCAGACGUAUUUGCUGAUGAAUGGAAGGACGAGAGAGGGCGGAAAGAGGAAGAGAGUCGUGAUGGAAGAGGAAGAAGAGGAGGAGAAGGAUCCAGUGUGGCGCGCGUAUCACGGUGUGGAGUCGAUCGAGGAGGAUGGGUUGCUGCGGGAAAUCGUGGCGGAGCGUAGAGACGCGAUGGGGGAUGAAGGGUAG